GCGGGGCAGCGCGGGGGGGCCCUCGCCGCCGCCCGGCCUCCGCCGUCACACAGGAAAUAAAAUAAUGCUAACGAGACAACCACAUCCCUGAAGUUCAGGUUUUCAGGCUCGCUGCCAUUAUGGAUGAGCAGCAAGCUUUGAAUUCAAUCAUGCAGGAUUUGGCUGUGCUUCAUAAGGCCAGUCGUCCUGCACUGCCCCAGCAAGAAACAGGAAAACCAAAGUCAUCUUCACCUAAAAAACAGAAUGAUGUUAGAGUCAAAUUUGAACAUCGAGGUGAAAAAAGGAUACUCCAAUUACCCAGGCCUGUCAAACUUGAAGAUCUUGUAGCUAAAGCUAAGGUUGCGUUUGGACAGACUAUGGAUUUACAUUACUGCAAUAAUGAGCUUGUAAUUCCAUUAACCACACAGGAUGACCUGGACAAAGCUGUUGAACUGCUUGACCGUAGUGUUCAUAUGAAGAGUCUCAAGAUAUUGCUUGUAAUACAUGGAAAUACACAGUCACCCAGUGUAAAUAAUGUGGAACCCCUACCCUCACUGGAAGAUUUAGAUAAUACAGUGUUUGGUGUGACAGAAAGAAAAAGGAGGCUUUCUGUAUUAGGUUCUAAUAAUCGUGACAGGAGUUCACCUCCCCCAGGAUACAUUCCAGAUGAGCUGCAUCAGGUGGCUCGAAAUGGGUCGUUCACCAGUAUCAACAGUGAGGGUGAAUUCAUUCCAGAAAGCAUGGAUCAGAUGCUGGAUCCACUGUCUUUGAGCAGUCCUGAAAAUUCUGGCUCAGGAAGCUGUCCGUCACUUGACAGCCCUUUAGAUGGAGACAACUAUCCCAAAUCUCGGAUGCCAAGAGCACAGAGCUAUCCAGAUAAUCAUCAGGAAUUCUCAGUAGAGUAUGAUAUCCCAAUAUUUGAGAAGUUUGGAAAGGGGGGAACUUAUCCCCGCAGAUACCAUAUUUCAUAUCAUCAGCAGGAUUACAAUGAUGGCCGUAAAACCUUUCCAAGAGCCAGGAGAACGCAGGGGAACAGCUUCCGGUCACCCGUUAGUUUCAGUCCCACUGAUCACUCGCUGAGCACCAGCAGUGGGAGCAGUGUCUUCACACCAGAAUACGAGGAUAACAGGAUGAGGAGGAGGGGGAGCGACAUUGACAAUCCUACCUUGACAGUCAUGGACAUCAGCCCGCCCAGUCGCUCACCACGAGCUCCAACUAAUUGGAGACUUGGCAAACUGCUGGGUCAAGGUGCAUUUGGCAGAGUGUAUCUGUGUUAUGAUGCUGAUACCGGAAGAGAACUGGCUGUUAAACAAGUGCAGUUUGAUCCUGAUAGUCCAGAAACUAGCAAGGAAGUAAACGCUCUUGAAUGCGAGAUUCAGUUGCUGAAAAAUCUGCUGCAUGAGAGGAUCGUUCAGUAUUACGGCUUCUUGAGGGACCCACCUGAAAGAACACUCUCUAUAUUCAUGGAAUACAUGCCAGGGGGGUCCAUCAAAGACCAAUUAAAAUCAUAUGGAGCACUCACAGAGAACGUGACUCGCAAAUACACACGGCAGAUCCUUGAAGGAGUUCUCUAUUUGCACACAAACAUGAUCGUCCAUCGAGACAUUAAAGGAGCAAAUAUUCUGCGAGAUUCAGCAGGCAAUGUGAAGCUGGGUGACUUCGGUGCCAGCAAACGACUGCAGACCAUCUGUCUGUCUGGUACAGGAAUGAAGUCUGUCACAGGAACUCCGUACUGGAUGAGUCCAGAAGUUAUCAGUGGAGAAGGGUACGGCAGAAAAGCAGAUAUCUGGAGCGUAGGUUGUACAGUGGUAGAAAUGCUCACUGAGAAGCCCCCAUGGGCAGAAUUUGAAGCAAUGGCUGCCAUCUUUAAGAUUGCCACUCAGCCAACCAAUCCCCAGUUACCACCUCAUGUCUCAGACCAUGCUCGGGAUUUCCUGAAAAGGAUUUUUAUCGAGGCCAAGCUGCGACCAUUUGCAGAUGAACUGCUAAGACACACGUUUGCACACUAUCACUAACAGCCUGCCUCAACUCAGCUUGCGUCUGCUGCAUUUAUUUUCUAUUUGACUGCACUUUUAUUUUUUAUUUUUUACAAAAAGGAGAAAAAAGACAAGAGAGAGAACGCGUUCUCUUGAAUCUUUGUUUCACUUAGAUUGUAAACAAUCUAAAUUUUGUAUCUAAAAUGAGAAUCUUCCCUUCCCUGCUCCCACCGGGACUAGAACUUCUUGUUUCUAUAAUGUACUGAUGUGGUUCAUGUAGAUAAAGCACUUUAGUACACGUUUGUUCCUUAUUUAAAGAGGGAAAAAUAAUAGAAAUGAUUGGACAGUCAGGAACUGUGUGACUUUUUUUCUGACACCGCUGACUGACUCAGGGUGCAGGGAAAAAGACACGCAGCCAGAGGACAAGAAGGUACUCCUCUGUGAUUGUUUGUUACGUUACAGGUACUUGCAGCAGAGAGUUCUAAGUUCUUAUAUUUUAGCAAUUUAAUGAGUUUCUGCAUUGUGUAAUUUAAGUGGGAUCACACGGUUCUGAGAGUUAAUUAUAAAGCUGGAAGAACUUGGAAUUCUUUGUACAAAAGCGUGUCUUGACUGGUACUUCUGUGUGACCAAAAAGAAAAUAACAGUAACAAAAAAGAACUCAACACUGAUGAGAUAGUUUUAGAGCAAAAUCUCUAUCGUAUAUUCUUAACAGGAAAAGAAUUACAGGUAAACAGAUGAUGGACCUGAUCCUAGGAACUGCUGUACUGCAAGGGGAAUAUUUCCAUAAUAGAAAAGAGUCAGCUGUUGGAUGUAAAUAUUUAGGAGAAUGUCUCCUGCUGUAUCUGCCAAAGAAAAUCCUCUGUUACAUACACUUGCAGGGAGACUAUCAUGUUAGAUAAGAAAUAUUAGAGGUGUUGAGAGAGAAUUCUCCUCCAUGAUGCCAUGAAUGUCUGGGGGAAAGAGAGUGACUGAUCCUUCUGCAGUAUGAGUUACACGAUUCAGAACGAUCCGUAGGAAAUAACAUCUUCAAAGCUGUUGAGGGGCGCUAGGAUGGAAUGUAUGUCAACAUCAAGUGCCUAAAGAAUAUAAAAUCCUUCCCCUUAUGCACUGUAAGCAUUGGUUUAGUAACACAGUUCAGUCAUCUAGGAUGUGCUAAAAAUUCCUAAAAUAAAAUUAAACUUAUUUUAGCACCAGGAAUAAAUCACAGAGAAGAAAGACCCUGCUUUAUUUUUCAUAAGGUAACGAUGAUCAAGGAGGCACAGCACAAAGCUGUGUGAAGGAGAGGCCCGAAGCACAGAGCCCCAGCAAUCGAAUAGCAUGAGCGUGCUUAGUCCAGCCUGGUAACCCAGCUAUUGGUGUUCUUCAGCUUUCCAACUGUCAUGAAUUCAACAUUAAUCAACUUUUUCUUUUUCUCAAAGAAAAUAAUAAAAGAACAAAGGAGAAACUCUGAAUUGGAGCUUCUCAGUCGAGAAGUGCUGGUACUGAUCAGAGGUAGUUAGUAACUGAAUUUUAUAGCAGAAAAGUCAAACUUUCAUAUUUCUGUGGAACACAACAUAAAUAACUUAAAAGGGAAUUUGGAAAUAAACGAUUGGACUACAGAACUGA